CGGCCUCAGGCUCGUGCAGCCCUCGGCUUCCCGCCUUCAGGCCGAGGGUUUGGAUACUGAGGGGCGGGGAAGGAAGGAUUCCUUUACCAUGAGGUCCUCCCUACAGGCUGUGGCACUCUGGGGAAGGAAGGCACCUCCUCACAGCAUCACUGCCAUCAUGAUCACUGAUGACCAGCAAAUGAUUGUGACGGGAAGUCAAGAGGGUCAACUCUGCCUCUGGAAUCUCUCAUCUGAACUAAAGAUUUCGGCCAAAGAACUUCUUUUUGGUCACUCAGCUUCAGUGGCGUGUUUGGCGAGAGCGAGAGACUUCUCUAAACAGCCCUUCAUAGUUAGUGCUGCUGAAAAUGGGGAGAUGUGUGUUUGGAAUGUCACCAAUGGACAGUGCGUGGAGAAGGCCACACUUCCUUACAGGCACACUGCAAUCUGUUAUUACCACUGCUCAUUCCGGAUGAUAGGAGAAGGCUGGCUUCUGUGUUGUGGAGAAUAUCAAGAUGUUCUUAUAAUUGAUGCCAAAAGUUUGGUUAUUAUUCACACUUUCAUAUCAUCUCAGUCUCCGGAUUGGAUCAACUGCAUGUGCAUUGUUCAUUCCAUGAGAAUUCAAGAAGAUUCUCUCUUGGUAGUGUCAGUAGCUGGUGAGCUCAAAGUAUGGGAUCUCUCUUCAUCUAUCAACAGCAUUCAGGAAAAGCAAGAUGUUUAUGAAAAGGAAUCCAAAUUUCUUAAUUCCCUGAACUGCCGGACAAUACGAUUUUGCACGUAUACAGAGAGACUUCUACUGGUGGUAUUUUCUAAAUGUUGGAAGGUCUACGAUUAUUGUGAUUUUUCUCUUCUUUGGACUGAAGUUAGUGGGAGCGGGCAGUUCUUUGCUGGUGGAGAGGUGCUUGCUGCUCACAGAAUCAUCAUCUGGACAGAAGAUGGUCACAGUUAUAUCUAUCAGCUGCUGAACAGUGGGCUUUCAAAAAGCAUAUACCCUGCUGAUGGAAGAGUGCUUAAAGAGACCAUUUAUCCUCAUUUACUGUGCUCUACUUCUGUGCAGGAAAAUAAGGUACAGAGCCUUCCCUUUGUUAUGGGCUACAUGAAUGAAAGGAAAGAGCCUUUUUAUAAGGUACUUUUCUCUGGAGAGGUCUCAGGAAGAAUUACGUUGUGGCACAUCCCUGAUGUUCCUGUAUCCAAGUCUGAUGGUUCUCCUAAAGAGAUACCAAUAACUACCACCUGGACCCUUCAAGAUAAUUUUGAUAAGCAUCAUACCAUGUCACAAAGUAUUAUUGACUACUUCUCUGGGUUUAGAGAUGAGAAUGGAAUUGCGGUUGUCACUUCAUCAGAGUAUGUUCCAAGUCUUGAUAAACUAAUAUGUGGCUGUGAAGAUGGGACAAUUUUCAUUACACAGGCUUUGAAUGCUGCCAAAGCAGGACUUCUAGAAGGCGGUUCUUUACUAAAAGGUUCCCUUCCUCAGAAAGUUCUCAAAGGCCAUCACCACAGUGUUACUUCCUUGCUUUAUCCACAUGGUCUCUCUUCAAAAUUAGACCAAAGUUGGCUGGUAUCUGGGGACCAGGACUCAUGGGUCAUCUUGUGGGAUAUCUUUACUGAAGAAAUUUUGCAUAAAUUCUUUUUGCAAGCUGGUUUAGUAAUGAGUCUUUUGAUGUCACCAGAGAAUUUCAAACUACGAAGUCAUCAGGUAAUUUGCUGUGUGUGCAGUGACCAUUCUGUGGCUCUCCUUCACCUUGAGGAGAGGAGGUGCCUCCUGAGCGCCCGAAAGCACCUUUUCCCUGUGAGGAUGAUAAAAUGGCAUCCCGUCGAGAACUUUCUAAUUGUUGGAUGUGCAGAUGACUCUGUUUACAUCUGGGAAAUUGAGACAGGCACUUUGGAAAGACAUGAAACGGGAGAAAGAGCAAGGAUUAUUCUUAAUUGUUGUGAUGGUUCACAGCUUCUAAAGCCUGAAUCUGUACUUCCAGUUGCCUCAGAGACACAUAAGCACAAAAGUGUAGAACAGAGGUCCUCCAGCUCCUACCAGUUUGGGCCAAUACCUUGCCCUGGUCUGCAGGUGGAGUCUUCAUGUAAGGUCGCUGAUGCCAAGUCUUUCUCAGGACCUUUUAAUGUCUUGCCUGUGAAGACAAAAUGGAGUAACAUUGGUUUUCAUAUCCUUCUAUUUGAUCUGGAAAACCUUGUUGAACUUUUGCUGCCAACUCCAAUCUGUGACGUUGACCCUUCCAGUUCAUUCUAUGGCAGUGAGAUCCUGAGAAGAGCCAAAAGCACAGUAGAGAAGAAAACACUGACACUGAAAAGAAAUAAAACUGCCUGUGGUCCUCUCUCAGUGGAGGCACAAGCCAAGCCUGUUAGUGAAAGCCCAGCCCAAGGAGAAAAUACCAUGAAGUUAUCAGAAGAAAAUGAUGGCAUUAAAAGGCAGAAGAAAAUAAAGAGCUCCAAAAAGAUGCACCUUAAGCAAUCUAGAAAAGCCAAUGCCAACCUCACAAUAGACACAGCUAAAUUGCUUCUAUCUUGCCUUUUGCCAUGGGGAGUGGAUAAAGAAUUAGACAAUCUUUGCAUUAAGCAUCUCAAUAUUUUAAAGCUUCAGGGUCCCGUUUCUUUAGGACUUGCUUCAAAUGAAGAUCACUUCUCACUGAUGCUGCCAGGUUGGGAUUUAUGCAAUGCUGAAAUGAAAAAAGACUAUUCAAAAGUAAAUUUAUUUUCCAGGAAAGUUUUGGACUUGUCAAAUAAAUACACUUCCACUCUUCCAAAUCAGGCUGGGAUGCCAAGAAGACCGGAAAAUAAUUCUGAUUCUUUGCAAGAGCUAAACACUAUAGUUUACUUAUUGAGCAAACUAUUUUUAGUUAAUAAGUUAGUUAACAUGCCUUUAGAACUGGCAUGUGGAAUUGACAGUUCUUUCACAAUGGAGUCUGUGCAUAACAAGAUGAAAAGUCCUGGGAAUGAUAUUUUAAAUGUUUCAAGCUUCUACGGUUAUUUACGAAAUGGUAAGAGUGAAUCCCAUCUACCUGAAGCUGACAUUUCACUUUUGAAGCUAAUUUCCUGUUGGAAAGACCAGUCUGUCCAGGUAACUGAAGCAAUACAAGCUGUUCUUUUGGCGGAAGUUCAACAGCACAUGAAAACCUUUAGAAAGACACCAGUCAACAGUGAACCAGUGUCGGUGGCAAAGAAUGGUGACUAUGAGAUGACGCAGAUCCAGCCAAAGAUGGAAUGGGCCAAGGAGCCAGAGUUACCGUGUAUUACAGACACUUUGCCUCUGCAAACUCCAGUCAGUCCGGUCAAGCAUGACCGCAACUCAAACUCGGCAAACUUCCAAGACACUGAGGACAUGCCUGACAGAUGUGUCUUGGAAGAGUCUGAGAAUCCAGGUGAACGAAGGCAUCAUCUAUGGAUAGCAAAGGUGUGCUCCUGCAAGCUGUGCUAAAUGGAAUCUCAUCUGUAG